AUCAAUAACACGCUCUUAUUAUCGCAAUUCUGUGGGUGGCUUACUAGUGUUUGACAUCACAAAUCGACGAUCUUUUGAACAUGUGAAAGACUGGCUAGAAGAAGCAAAAAUGCAUGUGCAGCCCUUUCAGAUUGUGUUCCUGUUAGUAGGACAUAAAUGUGACUUAGUGUCACAGCGUGAGGUUACAAGAGAAGAAGCUGAAAAACUGUCUUCGGACUGUGGUAUGAAAUAUAUAGAAACGUCAGCAAAAGAUGCCACAAAUGUUGAGGAGUCCUUUACAAUUCUUACACGAGACAUCUAUGAACUUGUAAAAAAAGGAGAAAUCUCAAUACAGGAUGGAUGGGAAGGUGUCAAGAGCGGCUUUGUUCCAAAUGUUGUACAUUCGUCAGAAGAAGCUGUGAAGCCCAGAAGACAGUGCACCUGCUGAAUUUGUAGCAUGCCAAAGAGCACAUCGAGUGUUCAGAAGAUGAUGCCAACCGAAAUAACAGAAUAAUAAUUUUGAAACAAUAUUAGAUCAUCACAUAGCUGAAUCAUAGAAUGGUAAUUUGGUUUUGUAUCCUUCUGUCUAGGUCAUACCUUCAUAAAAAUUUAAGUGCUUUUUUUCUUUUCAGAGUACAAUAACUUUGUGUGGUCUUCAGGAAAAUAUAUAUUGCUAAAGGAAAAACUAAUCCUAUAGCAAGACACUGAGAAAGUGCAAUAAUCAUCAUGACAACAUCCUAUCUGGGGCUUUGUAUUUUGAAUGCUGUUUAAAAUCAAGGCUUGCUAGGUGAGGAUCAGAUGAGCUCAUUAAUUUUGUUCGUCCUGCCUUACUUUUGGACAAGAAAAUAUUAUACCUUGUACUUUUUAAAUGUGAUUCUUUACUCAAGUGCAGGAUUGCUAAUGACCAUUAAAGUUUAGAAUGCUGUAGAAUUUCGUAAUAGAGAUAAAACUAAAGAAAGCAA